UUUAAUGAUGCCUUUUGAGCAGAUGAGCGAUGGCGGCGGGGGGUUCAACAAUCGGGACUCCGCCAUGGCUUCCGUGUACCUGCCGUCUUCCAUCACGGAGGCCUUGAGUGGUGACGAGCGGAAGCUAGUCGACAGGGUCCAGUUCACCUUCUACAGUCAACCGAUCCUGUUCCAGGACGACACAUUGAACAAUCAGACCGUGGUCACUUCAGUGUUGGCAUCGAGCGUCAGCAACAUGUCAAUCAGCAACCUGACUGACAACAUCCGUUUCACCAUUCGAAACAGCCAACCUAUACACCAGGCUAGCUAUGAGGCCGUUUGCGCCUUCUGGGACUUUGCCAUGAGCGGCGGCGCAGGUGGAUGGAGCGCCAGCGGCUGCGCUGUGGCGAGCGCCACGUCGUGGAGAACGACGUGCACCUGUAGCCACCUCACUUCCUUUGCCGUCCUGCUGGAUCUGUCCAGAGGCGGGAUCAAUGACCGCAAGCAGGCACAAAUCCUCACCUUCAUCACUUAUAUUGGCUGCGGCAUUUCGGCCAUUUUUCUGGCUGCCACGUUGUUGACAUACCUUUCGUUUGAGAAAUUGCUUCGGGACAUUCCGGCCAAGAUCCUGGUGCAGCUCUGCUUUUCGCUGCUCCUCCUCAACCUGGUCUUCCUGCUGGACGGCUGGUUGGCGCAGUCCCCGGCCCGCGGCCUUUGCAUCAGCACCGCCUUCUUCCUGCACUACUUCCUGCUCACUUCCUUCACCUGGGCGGGGCUGGAGGCCUUGCACAUGUACCUGAGCAUCGUGCGGGUGUUCACGCCGUACCUCAGCAGAUACAUGCUCAAGUUCUCGCUCAUCGGCUGGGGGGUUCCAGUCGUCGUCGUGGUUGUGGUGAUCUCAGUAGACAAAGACAAUUAUGGUCUGGUAACAUAUGGACGGAACACGGACGGCACCUCCGGGGACUUCUGCUGGGUGCGCAGCGACGCGGCCUUCUACGCCGGCGUGGUGGCCUACUUCCUGCUGGUGUUUGCUUCCUGCCUGCUGGUCUUCGCCGUGGUCAUGGCGCAGCUGUCGCGCAUCAAGAAGCAGAACCCGCACAACCAGUCGCCUCAUCGCGGCGUGGUGGCCGACCUGCGCAGCGUCGCCGGCCUGGUGGCGCUGCUCGGCCUGGCCUGGGGCUUUGCGCUGUUUGCCUGGGGGCCGCUCUACUUGCCCUUUGCCUACCUCUUCACCAUUUUCAACUCUCUGCAAGGGUUGUUUGUCUUUAUUUUCCACUGUGCCUGCAAGGAGAGCGUCCGUAGGCAGUGGCAAACAUUCCUGUGUUGCGGGCAUCUGCGUUUGGCUGAAAUCUCAGAAUGGGGUCGGGCCGCCGCUCGGGAGAACAGGAACUUUUCCGUGAUGACGUCGGGCGUGUCGACUCGCCAGCUGGCCUCUCGGAGUUCCUCGCUCGCCAGCAACAGCACCAACAGUGGCAGUUCAGUGUUUGCAGACAGCGGCAUGUCUGAGGGUUCGAGCUACGACGUGGUCCUCAACGAGCUCCACAGACAGACUGUCGCGUUUUAAAGAAAUUACACUUUAUUCUUCAUGA